ACGCACGAGCAACACAAGGAACUCGCAAUUCUCAGUAUCACCUUUGGCGCGUCGGUGACAAUAAAAGAUAGGGUAAUGUACAGAAAAAUGAAAUGCAUCAAAAGAAUAUCAGUCAAUGACCUUAAUACAACAACUGUAUAUGAAACUACUUGAAACAUUUUUACUAAUUAAAACCAACAUAAUAAAUAUAAAUUCAAACAAAAUUAAAUCGAAAAAAAAAAAUCAUACGAGUAAUAAUGUUGAUUUUUAAAAAGUUUUAGAAGUAUGAGUUUAAUAAUGUUUAUUAUCAAUUAACUGGAUGGUAAUUUACAACAUAAUUAUAAUGUCGUGAUGAUAACAUUGUCGAGUGUUCAUUAGAUAUAUUAUUUUUAUUAUUAUCUUUGAGUAUUUAACCAAACUAUAUCACUGUUUUCCGUUUAUUUGGUUUUUAAUUGUCUUGCAAUGGAAUGAAUCAUCGCGUGCUCGUGUCUGUUAUUGCAGUAUGGAAAGACGCCUCUUGAUUUGUAUGAUGAUAACGAAUGUAAAGGAUACGAAGAAACCACGAGAAGUGAAAAGAAACAAGAUUUAAAAGAAUUACUUGAAAAACUAUCAACUCCAUCAGAGAUUUUAGCCAGGGGUCCCGAUGCCGUCAAAGCAUUCAAAGAUGCACUUAAAAACGGCGAAAUAACAGUUGUUAAUUCAAGACUGAUGUUUCUUGGUCAAGAGGGUUCCGGGAAAACCUCUUGUGUUAAAGCCAUGCUGGGAAAACAAUUUAAUAAGGAAGAGCCGUCAACCGAUGGUAUUGUUACAACUAAAACUGUCUUUCAAACUGUCGGUGAGGAUUACAACAUUUGGGAGGAGCAGAAGGAUGUAGACGAGAUUGAACGAACUAAACAGGUACGCGAACACGCUAUCGCUACGAAUGUAGCAAAGACGUUCGAUUUCACUGCUUCUACGUCCUCAUCUGAUCGUGGAAGGAUAGCAUUUCCAUCUACGUCCGCAUCUCCUCUCGAAGGAACAUCAGCUGCAUCUGUAUCAGAAAUUGAUCCCAGAAAAAAGUCAUCUUUAUCCCCUGUGUUUAUCAGACGGUUUAAAGGCAAAAGUGUAUCUGAGGACACUGGAGUAUCCACCAAUGGAAAAGGUGUGUCUCAGGACACAGGGGUAUCCACUAAUGGAAAAGGUGUGUCUGCGGACACAGGAGUACCCACCAAUGGAAAAGGUGUGUCUCAGGACACAGCAGUAUCCACCAGUGGAAAAGGUGUAUCUCAGCACACAGGAGUAUCGAGCAAUCAGCUUAUGACAUAUGAAAUACGAAAGAAAGUCAUUGACAAACUUGCAAACAAGAGUUCUGGGCCGAGUGACGUAACUUGUAUAUGGGACUAUGCCGGUCAACUUGAUUAUUAUAUUACUCACCGGUUUUUUCUUACAGAUGUGACAUCUUAUGGAGUUGUAUUCAGUUUGCUAGACGCUUUGGAUGAAUUAGCAAAGCCAAGAGAUCCCCAAAAAGGAUUUCUUGAGAUGACAAAUCUGCAAUCGAUCUUAUUUUGGAUAAGGUCAAUAUUUGAACACGCUGUACUGCUACAUGGCUCUGAAUCAAAGAAUGUGAUCAAAGGAAUGAUAGCAUCACCGACGAUUAGUCUAAUUGGGACGCACAUGGAUCUGCUACCGGGAAGUGAUGCUGAGAAGCAGGCUAAGGUUUGUUAA